AUGUCUUCCGACGGCAAUGGAGAGUCAACACCACCACCAUCUGUGAGCCAGUCUUCCACAACGACACCACAACGACAUGACAAUACACCUAGCCGCCAAAAUGGAACACCACCAGUGCUGAAUGGUCACGAUUUAAGAAGGCAACAACACCAGCAAACGCCACCACCUUCGAUGGCAGCAGCAGCCACUGCCGGUGCAGUAGCGAUCCGCCUUGGCCGUGGACACAACCUUUUCAAUAUGGCACGAAACAAUCAAGGUACAGGCAACCAUAGUACCAGUAAUGGACAUCACGUUGGAGGUGUUGGAGGAGGAGGCAACAUACAUAAGAAAGCAGCCCAUGGACGACAUGUUACUACACGAGGUGGCAUCUAUGCAGCGACAACGACUGUACAACAGGAUAUUGUUCGAUUGGAACGUGAUUUAGAAAAGAUCUUGCUUCGACCUCAUGCACGUAGCCGACGUAUCAGUUCUUCAAAUGCACGACUUAGCAUGCAUGAUACGCAACGACCUCAAAACGGGAUCACAGAUGAUACCACAGCAACACAAGGCAACAGCAAGCGGAAUCUAUUUAUGCGAUAUUCGAGGAUGGAUCUAUCCAUGGCAACGGGUGAUGAUGAUGGCCGAGCAACAGCAGGGGAACAUGGUAGUCGCAUCAGCGCCAUCAUGACGUCUAUUAUGGAUACACUUGAAAAGCAUAAGGUCGCCACACAAUUGCCAUUUACCAGUGACAUCCUAGGCGUAUUAUCGGUGCCAUUUAGCCAAACGCCACUGAGCACGGAUGACUGUAAUCAAGCACUGGACAUCUUCGAUUAUAUUCGUGAGCGUUUCAAGCAAGUGGAUGCAAUUGACAACCUGGAGCAGAUCACGUUUUGCUGCCGAUUAUUGAAGUGUGGUCAUCUUAAGCUCAAAAUGCGGCUGGUUGAUACCAUGAAAUUGAUGCUGGCAUCGAGUAUGGGCAACCCUGCUUAUCUUCCAUCAUCCCCUACGGCUUUUCAUGCGUUGGUAUAUACCCUUGCUGAUGCUUUAUCGUAUGCUUCAGCGGCUACAACAGACCGUCCACAAUCACGCCAUCCUGAAGAAUACGACUAUAUUCGAUCGGCUUUGAUUGAUUAUCUUGAUAAACUUUCCAGCGGCAACAUGAUACCAUUGAUGGGAAAGGAUUGGGAUCGUUACUUUAUACCCGCCGACAGCAACAGUGAUCCUCCAGCACCACUCUCGGUUGCACGCUUUUGUGUUCUCGAAGCGUUGUGCCGAUCACUCAUGGUGAGCUCCGAUACAUCCCAUUCAGGUGGUGUUUUCGCAACGGCUCUUGCUAAACGAACCUACAUUGUACAAGAUCUCUUACCGAGAUAUUGGGAGGAGCCUGAUGUGCCUAUGAGAAGAUCUUAUGCUACUGUCCUCUUUGUAUUAUCGGAAGCAGCUACCGAUUGGUUUUUGAAUGCGACUCCCGAUGAUCUACGUCAAACAACAUCACCUGUAUCGCUCCUCAAGGCAUUUAUCGAAGACAAGAUUACAGUGACCACCCUGCAAAUGUAUCUGCCUAAUUGGCACGAUGAUCCAAAUGUUCGAGCCGUAUACACCAAUGUCAUCAGCAUGAUCUUAUCAUUACUCUCUAUCACAUCUCUUCAUGAUCCUCACCAUCUACAUAGCAACAGCCCACGUUCAACACCAAGUCAUAGCCCACGACCCUCAGCUUAUGACAUUCCAUCUCCUGAUGGUAGUGCCAUGUGGAGCCCUGAUGAAUUAUCCACCGAGCAUCUCAGCUUAUAUAGCAAUACGGAUCGUAGCAGCGAAAAGCCGACAUCAUGGCGACACACAAUAGCGCUUAUACGAUCUUAUUUCGAGGCAUUUUGGUCGUCAUCAACAUUACAGACUCUGGUGAUGGAAGUGGUGGCAGCAACAGUGGAGGAUGCAAGUUGGGACAAAUUGGUGCGAAUCUAUGAGAAUUUGGCAUUCAAUAUGGAUGAGACAAUUGGUGACAAGGUGGUCACUGCUACGUUGCCACGAUUAUUGAGUCGACUUGCAAAUACGCUUCCAUCACCUACAACACCAGGUUUAUCCAACUUGAUGUCCCGCAUUUCACAAUCUUAUCGACCUGUAUUCUACCGUCACGUGAUUACAUGUGCUGCAUCAAAUGAUGAGCAAAAAGUAUCGACGCAAUUGGUGCUUAUGAGCUGCUUGAGAAAGUACAUGUCAAGUGUACAAUAUUGGAUGCACGACGCGGAGAUGAUCAACGUGCUACUAUUAAGUGACCUUGGAGCCAAGAAGGAUACAGCCAGCAAUGGAGAGGAAGUUGUCAUUGGUGAUGGCAUUCGAUGGGGUAAUACGACACUUGGUCAAUGUGUGGUAGCUACCGAGUUUCUAUGGGCCAUCAAAGAAUUACGUGACAAGCAAAGCAGUGGAACAUUAGCCAACAUGGAAGAGAGCGAGAUUGCAAAAAAGUUCUUGAUUGAUUUGGAGCGACGCAUUGCCGUAUUCAUGACAGCAAAGGAGAAGAUGACCUUGAUCCCAUUACCAUUGCGAGUAAUUUUAUGCAACAUUUUCUUGGAGAUCCGAUUCUUUUGCAAUACGACACACCGACCUGGAUGGUUAUUACGUGCCAUUGAUUGGGCUAUACAGCAACGAGUGACAUCAACCUCGAGUGAUCCUUUUGACAUCACCAAUUCUCCCAUGUCAGAGAAGAAAUCACAUGUAUCAGUUACUAUUCAUCCCAAUCAUAUUGAAAAUGUGAUGCUCAUGUUUCAACGUAUACGGAUCGUUUAUGCAAUGACGGUGGAUGAGCUUGAAACAGAGAGCGUGGAUCCAGUCGAGUAUUUUGAUCGUCCUAUUCGACAGCCCAGUGAUCAAUCUCUCUUGGAUACGCCUGUUACAUCACUUCACGAGCAAGAUCCUGUACAAUUGCCUGAUCAAACACGGCGCCGCGAAUGCAUUUCCUCCAUUUACCCAAUCACACAAGCUGCUGCUGCUUCAAAAGAUGUGCGACCACCAACAUCCACUCACGAUGCCAACAAGUCCUUGCAGCUCGCUUCAACAUUAGCAAAGAGGCGAUUGGAUGAGAUGUCAUCUAUCAAUCAAGAUCCAUUUGGUGCAGUGUUUUCACUCCUUGUUGCUGUAUAUACCUCAUUGACGACGCAAGAGUUUGCUACUUUGGUGAAUCCGUUAUGGCAGGGAUUUAUUGAUGACCGAAAUCCGCAAUCAUUUGUACCUGCAGCAUUUCUUCUGAUGCAGUGUAGUGAAAAGAUACCCAAGCAAACGAUUGAAGUGUUUAUGCAUGACUUUUACAGUGGUGAUCCAUUUCGUCGAUUGGCUGCCAUUGAGAAGCAAGCAUCUAUGAGCGGAUACCGAUUCAACAUCCUUGCCCAAGAAUAUAUACCCGUAUCGAAUCGCAAACGUCCUUUUCGUGGGGAUGGAGGUGCAUUCUCUACACCAUUCGUGCCUACAGAUCUGGGAAGUAAUCGCUUCACUAUGGAUGAACCUCGGUGGAUGGCCAAACUUAAGCAUGCCAGCAAUUUCCCCAUUGAACUCAAGCGACAAAUUCAGGAGCUGGGAUGGGAUGAUGAUGAUCAAGGAGAGGAACAUGAGGCACUCAAGAAGGUGUUGACACCAUUGGCAUUGUUGCCAUCCUUGUUUUUGGAAGAUGAAGAUGAACCAUCCAAUGAUGGUGGUGCUCCUGACAAUACCACUGGAAAUGCUGGUGCAGCUGGUGGUGGUGCUGGUGGUGGUGGCACACGUAAUGAGGGAGAAACAACAAGGCAUGUCAAUGUGAGCAAGAUCAUUGCACGGCGUAAACGAGCAGCUACUGUUCAUGCCAUGACAGUAGCCAACUUGAGCUUGGUUGAUUUGCUUGGUGACGAUUUUAGUGGUGUUGCGAAUGGAUUACGCGACUUGCUUGAGACCUAUUUGCGUGAUGAUCCAGCAUUGUUCUUACGGCCGUUCUUGGGCGAACUUGGCAAAACACAAAUGGCUCGACACCGUGAACUCUUGACACGAUUGCGAUAUUUGACAGAUCUUCGCGCCAAGUUGCCACCCGGAUUCACGUAUAUCUUGUUCAACUACUUAGCAGGCAUGCUAAAGUGGUUGACACGUGAAAAUAAGGAAGAAGGCCUUGUGUUGAUGAUGUUGAUCCAUCCACUUUUGGUCGAGUUGGCCAUGUCAACCAAUGAACUUUCGAUUCGAGAUCUUCGUAAGAACAAGAUUGAGCAUUUAUUGGCGAGCACGGGUCGCUUUUGGUUUAUUAAUGAACAGCCUGCAAGCAUGUUUCCACGACGUAUCACCCAACAAGGGACGCCAUUUGCAUUUCUGGAUAUUCCAUGGGAGGUGUUCAGUGUAGCUAUUCUACGUACUAGCCACAUCCAAUUCUUGACCAACUUUUUGGCACGAUAUCCACGUGAAGUUUAUGCCAUCAAAAAGACGCUGCAAGAAUACGAGCCUAUCCCAAUGCCGAAUAAGAAAUCCAACGAGAGGUUAUCAGGCACGGCACAGUAUUUUCCAGAUAUCACGCUCCGCAAACGGCAGGAUACAAGCUUUGUGUUUGAAGAAGAGGAUGUAUCACCUAGCAAUGAUGAAAUCAAGGCAAUUCCAAGACACACGCAAGAAGAAGAAGAUACAGGAUUACUAUCAUCAUUGCGUGCACGUGUAUGGUUGCGAUUUAUUGAUGCCUUGUUGAAUGGAUUGAACAAGAAUUACAAUGAUCGUAACGAGUUGGAAAGGAUCCUAAAGGGUGUCAAUAUGAUCAUUAUGGAACAUCACUCGGAUUAUGGUAUCAUCGGGCAAGCAUUGAUAUUGUACACACGCGUGGUGACUCGAUUCAAGCGUUUAUUUGUCAACAAUCGUGGACAUGGAACAUUUUUACAUGCAUUGUUCAAGGUGUUUUGCGAGGUGGAACGAUUCCCACAUGUGCGAUCUGCCAUUACAUUUGCAUGGUGUCGAUUCUAUGCAGUGCACGAAGAAUCCUUUGUAUUUCAAAUGCUGGGAACAUUGGUGCCAAUUAUUCUCGAUGCAUACGACAAGUCCACUUCACUGGGUGCAUGGAUGGCUGACAAUUUGUAUUACUUGAUGCAAGCAAUGCAUAACCCACCAAGGCUAGGUGCGACAUCAGAUGUGCUUGGAUUACAGUUACAGGUGGAAUUGGAUGAUCAUGAGCGUAGUGUACAAGAGCGUAUCGAUGCUGUCAGCAAUCCAAUGGCAAUGCCAUUAUCAGCCACCAUUCUCAAACCACUAUCCAAAAGUGCAACAGCACCUAUUGUGCCACUCGCUGUUAGCGACUAUGAUAAUCGGCCCUUCCCUAUGCAAGAUUUCGUGAAGCUGUUUUUGACCAUCAUUGCAUAUGAUCCAGGCUCGUUGCGCGCUGAGCAGUUUGUCAAGAUGUUUCGGCAUAUGCUUCCCCGUUUUUGCAAGCUUGGAAAUUUGGGCACACUUGUCAAUGACGGCAUUGUAGCCUUGAUUGAUGUCUUUCUCAAGUUUAGCAAGAAUGCGAAACCUGCAGCAGCAGCUGGUGGUGAUGGCCAAGGGGGAGCUACUAGUGGAUCAUCGGCACCACACAUCAAUUUCAACGUGUCAAACCUGUUUUCGUCAGAAGAAAAUGCAGGACCCACUCAAGGAGAGUCAUCAACGCAACACGCUUAUGGAAAGCAAUGGCAACAGAAUGAUCGAUUGACUAUCAAACGCGAAUUCGUUCGCCUUGUGGAACAAUUCUUCAAGUGUGGUGGUGCCUUGAAUGAGACCAACCAUGAAAAGAUGUCGCAAAUUAUUCGUAUCAUUAUGCGAGAUUAUGCGUCUGUGCGAGGUGCAAUUUGUAAGACUGGAUGGAUCCGCAAUUAUUUGGUGUAUGCUAUGGAAACGAUGGUGGAUAUGCGCAACUAUACCAAGCCGCUCAAAACAAUGCUCACAGCAAUCCAUGGCCAACUUCGCACACAGUGGAAAACAGUGGAUGCAACUGAACUCUAUGAAGGAUUGGCGACAAUGAUGGAAAAUGGUCAAGGCAAAGCAUUGAAUAUGCACGAUGUUGCUGGAUUAUUACGAGAACGAUUUGUAUCGUUUGGAUUGAUGAUUGCUACUCGUGCACCAGGCGAUUGGAAUGAAUUAGGACUUGAGAUACGUACACGUUUCCGGAAAGCGCUAGUACGAUUGAUUGUGGCUAUCCUUGAGCACUCGUCGCAAGAUGUUUUGCAGGAGAUUGAACAAUUGCCACCUUCUAUCUCAUUGAUCGGCAGCAUUGUCGUUCCUAUAUGUCUCAAAUACGAUACCAGGUGUGAUUCUGGUGCAUCUGUUCCUUCUUUAAUGCGACCACGUUUUCGACCUUCCGAUCCUACAGCCACGUGGAUGCGUCUUUUGGCUUAUGUAUCCAAAUCUUGCAGCCAAGCAUCACUCUUCAAGUCCAAGAGCACUGGUUUUUCAUUGACAGCAUUGGCAUCGAAUAUGGGUGGAGGUGGUCAACAACAGCAUUCAUACAGCCAUAAUCAGAAUGAGGAAAUGGAUGAUGGCGAUGUAAUGCCUGAACCGAGGGACGGCAAAAGUACACCAACAUCGGUUGCCCAUUUGUUUUCAUUAAGCAUUGUGGCCAUGAAGAUUAUUCUUAUACGUGGAUCGAAAUCAUUUGACAAGAUACGGGGUGCAUGGGUGCAAGUGGCCUAUUUCAUCAAAGGGGCUCUCAUAUUUGGACAAACAUUGAAGACACUCAAACAACGACCAACCUCUGGAAGAUCGACUCCACGGGGUAGUCAUGCACCACAGCCAUCACCUGGUUUAUCACCACCCAACAAUCCACAUAGCUUAUGGCCUGGCACACCCACCACACCUGAAUCAGCACCAGCAACGGCAGGGAUUGGAGCUACAACUAACAGUAGUACUAGCUCAGCACCACCCGUGAGUGUAUUAUACGACUAUGCAACAUGGUGUUUUCUAGAAUACGUUGUAUGCUACAAGGCACCCUUGAGUCUUUUAUUGCGUGAUUUUGUACAAGAUAAACUACGUGAUAUGGGCAGCACUGCAAGGCCGACAAGUGGUAGAUCGCCAUCAUUUGCCACUACUCCCACUGUGGGCAACAGGCAAUCAAGGAAAUGGAAGAGCUGGGCAAAUACGGAUUCACAGCCACCCCAACAACAACAACAAGCAAUGGCAAACACGUAUGCAUCCGAUCCCUUGGUACCACCACCUCAUCAUCAACAGGUCGAGACUUUGGCACCUCCACCACCUUCUCCACAACAACAAGCUGAUACAUCAGCAGCAUCAGGUCUUGGUCUUCAUAUCCCCAACAGCCGAUCUUCAGGAACGGGUGUUCCACAACAACAACAACCCAUGUCAAGCUCACAAUCUAUUUUCAUUGAUGAAGCACCUCCUCUAUCACCUACCGCGCAACCUAUUCAUAGCCGUCGUGGAUCAAGGGCAAACAACACCAACACCAAUUCAAUGCCUGUGGGUGUAGGAUCCACCGAAUUGCACAUCAUUCAUGCGGAAACCAUCAAUGCUCUCAUGAACAUCCAAUCUUGUCUUGGUUUCAACACUGCUCUUCCUUGGGGUACAGAUACCACUUCUCCACAACACGCUCGCCCUUGGACUUAUCGCAUGGCUGUCAGCAAGGCUACUUAUGAGUGGCAGAUGAUCCUCCAACUCUAUACUCAACUUUUUGAAAAUCCCUCCACCACAAACACUUCUCCUGCACCUUUGAAUCCAUAG